GAACGGCAUAGCCCCUUUUGACUUCUUCACCAACCAGGAGCCGAUGGAGCUGGCUGGCCGCACAGUGCCGUCGGGCACGGAGAUUUGGGUGCACUACCGCCACGUUCUCAAGCACUCACCUCUGGUGAAGGAAAAGCUGGGCGACGAUCUGGAGGAGUUCCGACCCCAGCGAUGGCUCGGUUCCGAAGGCAUCAUCAAGCACCCGCCUUUUGACAGUCUGGCCUUUGGGCAUGGUGCUCGAAUCUGCUUGGGGCGGACCUUAGCCGACUACGAAGGAAAGUUGGCGAUGGUCAAGGUGCUGCAGAAAUUUGUCCUUGAGGAGUGGACGAAGCCGCGGAUGGAAGAGAUAACCACUUUCGUCACCGUUCCUGCAACCGAUGUCGUCAUCCGUCUGCGGCGCCGCGGAGUCGAGACCCAAAAAAUCUGCGGAGACCGAAUGGCAGCCCCAUUCUCGCACCCGCACCCAGAGAGCCCAAUACCUUAA